CGUCAGGAAGACGCUUACCGGAUAUGAAUGUCGCCAAUGGAGACGGAGACACAACUCAAUACAAAGUUUUCGUAGGGUCCUCUGAAAUGGAAGACCCAGAUUUAGGGAAGUUUGACUUGGCUCGCUUGCAAGCAGAGCUUGAUCAGGAGAUGGAAAUGAAGGAGUUGUUGGAGGAAUCGGUCUCAGAUCUCAGGAACACCAUGGCUGAUUUGGAGGAUAGACUCCACAGUGUAGAAGGUGAAGGAAACGAAUGGAAGACCAGAUAUGAGACCCAGCUGGACCUCAACGGGCAGCUAGAGCGGCAAAUUGCAUUUGUGCACGGGAGACUGGAGGAUCUCCGUGGUAACCCCAUGGAUAGACUUGCAUCAAUAAGGUCCUAUGAUGCUAUGUCAGAGGAAGCUUUGAAACACCACCUCAAACUCCUUACCACUGAGAAGUCCAAUCUUCACAGUCAGCUUCUGGAUCUCCAUACAAGGAUUCAGCAGGAAGGCAAGGCUUAUCAAAAAACAAAUGAAGAGAGACGCGCUUAUAUAGCAGAGAUUGCAAAGGUGUCAUCAACUCUGGACAUGAGCAGAAAGACACAGCUUCAUCAACCACGAGAAAAUGGCAGAAAACCCGUGAGAAGCAGCUUGGACAAUUUGCCCCACAGGAAGCGCAACCCAAAAGGGAAGACAGCGGGUGCCACGGGAGCAUCCAAUGGGAGCCGAUUACCCCGACUAAAGCGCUGAGUCAUCAGGGACAUUAAAAAUCUCAAAUGCAUUGGCGAUAUGGAUCAAUAAUGUUUGCCUCAUAUAUUCUCCACUGAGGGCGAGCAGUACCAACCCUCUAUCAGGAAAAGGUUUUGCAGUUAUAUGAGUUACAAUUGACGUAGGCCUAACUGUAAGUGCUUAUGAAAAUAUCUGUAAAAUGUCUGAACGAUAAUGCUUUAGAGAUAUUGUGUUGUUUUAGAAUUACUAUACUACAUUCUACACUCUGCAUUCAGUAGAACAUUGUGUAGCAACACUGAAACAUUGUUUUCAUUUUUAUCUUUCUAAAUAGAUUCAAGCCCAGAUUAAUGCCCAAUGGUGCCUUUUUGACACACCCUCAUUCCCACAUACCUACACAAUAUGUGCUUCAUAAAACCACAUAAUAUAUCAGCCAUAUUUAAUGAUAGAUUGAAAGCAACUUAUAUCCAUAAAGAUGCUGGUGCUUCUGCAUAGAUGGAUUGGUUGAUCCAAACAAAUGAGUAGCAGUGCUGUUUUUCAUAACUGGUUCGUCUCUACAUAACAAUGUUUGUAACACAGAAGACCAUUGCAAACAUGAAACUAUCUUUACGAUGUUGAAAAAGGUUUGUCUCAUCGACCCCUGAGCCUUUCUGGAACAGGCAGUGAAAUUGUUAAUGUAUGACGAAAUGCUACCACCAUGAAUUUUACCAUAACAGGUAAAGAAUGAAUAUCUGCAAAUGACAUUGUCAUAAGAAAAUCACAAAAGGUAGACACAAACCUUCACAAUAAAC